AUGCAGGCUCUCACCGUUCUUGGCGCCGUCGCCGGCAGCAUCUCCGCCGCGUCCGAUGUCCUCACAGUCCUUGAUCAUGCCGUGUCCACGGCGGCAAAGGUCAAGGAUGCCCCUCAGCAGGCCGUCGCCACCCUGCGGGAUGUGCGUAUGAUGCGGUCCAACAUGGUUCGCUUCCAGCAGCUGCUGGACAGCCAAAACCAUCUGCGCGACAGAGGGGUGUACAUUCCGCUAGACGACACCCAGAACACGUUUACAGAUUGUAUCACAUCACUUGACGAAUUGGAGAGUCUGUUGAAGCCACUCUCGGACCCGAAUCUGAAGCCAUUGGAUCUUGUCGCUCGGUUGGAGUGGGUGAUGAAGGACAAGCGCAUCGAGGCUCUGUCUAAGCGAGUUCACGAUGCGCAGUCUUCUCUGGGCCUCAUGCUUACUAUCCUGUCCAAUGAAUCUCUGCUCGAGGUCCAGAAGGCUCUAGCCGGGCUCUCUGAGCUCACCAAAACAAUCAGCGGCAACGUCGCCCAUCUAAAUCGGCGUAGCGUCAGCACGAAAUCAGAAAGAUCGCUUGCGAAGGGAGACGAUGAGAACGGAGGAGACGACAAUUCUACCAUUAGACCGCUCUCCGCUCUCAGACGAGCAUCUUAUGCAGCCUUGGUGUCACGGCCUGAUUCUGUCAUCAUUCCGAGUACCGUAGCGGAGGAACCUGUCGAAGAGACGGAUGAAGAGAAGGCCGUCAACGUUGUGGCCCGGUUUGCCUUUGAAGCUGCGCUGGAGAGCUCUCGGGCGUAUCGGCGAGCGCCGAAAUGGGAUUUGGAUGACGUUUCUUUUCGCUCGUCCGUUAUGAAUCCUCAUGCCUGGUCUCUCUUCUCCAGGAUGUCGUGUCUGAGUCUAGGCGAUGUUUCUAGAAUCUCUGUCAUCGCAUUACCUCUUUUUUCCACGGAUUUGCGCAACUCUCAGCACUACCAGUUUGGAAGCACCGAAGAAGAAAUCGGCCCCGUCCAGACCGAGCAGGAUGAGCAAGACUCUCAACCAUCACACCCGACGCUGCGGAUCACGCCUGUUCCUUCUCCUGCACCUCUGCCGUCCUAUGUUUAUGGCCCGGUGCCACCCACCCCCUCGAAGAAAGGCGCUACUCGCGUUCUCAACAGUUUGAAGAAGGCUCUAAGUCCUGUCACAAAGGCAUUAGAUCCAGAAAGGAGGCCCUCCGAUAUAGGCAGGAGGUCGCCCAGUCCGAUCAAUGUCCCAACAGCACCGCACACUCCCUUUGGACCGGCUUUGUCUCCUACCUUGAGUCAGCAGCCAGAUGAUGCCAGAAGCAUCAGGUCGGAAAAUUCGGUCCACACUCUGGGUGAUCUAAGCCAGCUGAAGCUCAGUGAAAAUGAGCUCUACCUCUUUCACUCGAACGGAGUGCCUUGCCACAACGUAAUACUUGAGUCUUUCGAUGAGGACGAGGAUAUCCAAAACAAGAUGGGCGCGGGUCAAUUAAACCUAGCCGCCUCUCAGGGUUAUCUAGAUAUGUUUCGCUGCGGCAAGUGCAAGUCUUCGCUCGCCAAUAUGUCCAAAAGGGAGUUCAAUGGCGUACCGAAAUUUGAGAUUUGGUGCGGCGCCCAGGCAUGUCUGGCUUCAUCGGAACUCAAGCCAUGCCCAUGUCAUGCCAAGAUUGUAGAGGUGGGCUUGCCGACAGACAAGUAUAUCGGCUGCAGGCUGCUCUUCGGGAAAGAGAUCAAGUGUCCGCGCUGCUUUGACCUCUGUCCUGAUUGUGUCCCUGUCAACCAUGAAACCUUCCCCGAGGGCUACGGCAUCUUCGAGCUCCAGAGCGUAUAUCUCAAGGCACAGCGGUGGUUAUUCGCAAAUGUUUGGAGGGAUGACGAGACAUCGGAGUGGGAGAAGCAACUCAACUAUCACUUGUCCCAGAUCGAGAUCCGGCUACGCCUCUGUCCUGUCUCGAAUCCUGUUGUUGAGCGGUUCAAGUGGAUUCUAGACACUCGACAAAGGAUCCUGAAUUGGAGGAAAGGCAUUUUACCUACCUGGAGAGAGAUGAACAACCUUGUUGCCCAAGGGUCCGACUUCUAUAAAGGACCGAUGCAAAAUAUGAUGGAUGUCAUGGAAGAGUCGGAUGCUUUCCUUGAGCGCGAGAUGGAUCAGAAUAUAGAUCUCGUGCCCGGAUUAGCAGACAUUAGACGGAAAGACUCGAUUGAGUCUGAUUCAGAUAUUGGCGAGCAGUGGUUCGCCAUCAUAGGGAACGGCAACAUGCCAAACGGCAGCACGACAAACGAGCUAGCAGUCGGAAUCGCUCUCUGA